AUGCCUCUCGGAGUUCUUCAAGACAACAAGCUCGAGCAUGUGCCCGGUACGGCACCUCUCAAUGAGCUUGGGCGCGAGGAUCAGAAUAUCUCUGGUGUCGACCCUCACCUAUUGAAGCAUGAUGCUUCUGGGAAGAUCGUCCUCGUUCCUCAGCCCAGCGACUCUCCCAAUGAUCCUUAUAAUUGGCCGCGGUGGAAGAAAGAAUUGUUCACUGUCUAUGGGUGCGGCUGCGUUGGUGCUGUUGGUCCUCUUCUAGGCGCCGCCUUCGUGCCUCUGGCGGAAGAAUGGGGAGUUUCCCUGACCGACUUCGUCGCUGGUGCACAGGGCGGUGUUAUCGCUGCCAUUGCCAUCGGCUCGCUCUUGUUUAACACACUCGCUGUCAAGUUUGGCAAGCGGCCAGUUUAUCUGAUUACGUCUGUCGGCCUUGCCGUGACCUGCUUUUGGGCAGCAUCAGCGAAGAGCUUCGGCAACUUCGUAGCUGCCCGUGUCAUUCAGGGUCUUUGCAUGGCCCCUAUGGAGGCAUUGAUCCCAGCGUCCAUCGCUGACAUCUGGUUCGUCCACGAGCGCGGUUACCGCACAGCCGUGUUCAAUCUGGGUGUGCUGGGUGGCAUCAAUCUUGCAACACCAAUUGCUGGAGCCAUCAUGCAAGCCAGCAACUGGCGUGUGGUCAUGCACGCAAUGGGAGGUGCCUUUGUCCUGCAGCUUAUUCUGACCUUCUUCUGGAUGCCCGAAUCAGCAUUUGUCCGUCAUCACACGAUCAACAUCGAUACUGGAAAUCACAAUGUCGAGAAAUCUGUUGACGAUCAGUUGGAGUACUCCGAGAAGGGCGCUACUUCUACUACCAGCGCUACCACCGAACGCGUCUCUAGCGAGCCCAAGAUGACCUGGGCACAAGAAAUGCGGCCGUGGUCCGGCUACAUUAACCACAUCUCGAUUGUUGAUACCACGUUCCGACCAUUCUUCCUCCUCGCGUCCCCUGCUGUGGCAUGGGCGACGCUUUUGUUCACCACUUGUAUCUCGUGGUUGGUCGGCAUUUCCAUCACGCUCUCUCAAAUCUUCUCAGCGCCGCCUUACAAUUUCACGGUCAGCCAGGUCGGCGCAACCAAUUUGUCAUCGUUCGUUGCGUCUGUGAUCGGCACUCUUAUCGCUGGUCCUACGAUCGACGGCAUCGUCAAGCGCAUGUCUAAGCGCAACAAGGGUAUCUUCGAGCCCGAGUUCCGUCUGCCCAUCAUGUGCACCUACCUUGUCUUCACCGCCACCGGUUUCUUUGGCUGGGGCCAAAGCGCGUACGCCCAGGAGCCAUGGCCGGUCUCAGUGGUGGUGUGCAUGGGUCUCAUCAAUCUCGGCGUCCAGCUAGGCACCACCGGUGUGGUUGCUUACGUUGUGGAUUGCCAUCGUGAGCAGGCCGGCGAGGCUUUCGCAGCCAUGAAUUUUGUCAAGAACAUGUUCGCUUUCGGCAUGACGUUCUACAUCAACAACUGGAUCGCCGUUCAAGGCGUGCGCGACUGCUUCUUCACCAUUGGAGGCAUCACGGUCGCCUGCACUCUUGUCACUAUUCCAAUGUACAUCUUUGGCAAGCGUGCCCGUAGCUGGGUAGCCCGACACAACAUCGCAAAGAGAACCUCCUAG